AUGAUUGCCAAAGUUUUCAAAUCAAUUACCCCAGAAUCAUACAUUUUAUUAGUCAACGCUGGUUUAAUUUCAGCCUAUGGUGUUAGAAUUAUUUUCCAAAGUGUUAAAAACGAUGAAGGUAAAGUCGAUGAAAAAGCUCACAUUGGUAUUGGCCAUUUCUUCAAAAAGAGAGGUGCUCAACUUGUUGAUGGAAAGAACUUAACCGAUAUUUUAAAAGAAAAAAAAAAAAAAAAAAAAAAAAAAAAAAAAAUUAAUAUUUCCAACAAAUUAAUAAUAUUUAAAAUCUCACGACAAUUGUAUAGUAAAUUAAAAUUAAAAUAA